GGCGGGUCGACGGCCCAAGGGACCCGGCGAGCGCUGCCCGCGGGCUACAAUCCGAAGUGGGAGCCGCACUCAACUCCGGAGCGGCGCCCACCUCCUGCGGGAGCCCGAGCCGGGCCGUGGGGGACAGCAUGUCCGCGCGCGCCUCCUGAGGACGCUGCGGCCUCCGCCCCCGCCAUGGGCGCCCCGGCCUGCGCCCUCGCACUGUGCAUGGCCGCGGCGGUUGUGGCGGGCGUCGUCUCGGAGCCCCCGGGCACAGAGCAGCGCGUCGUGCCGAGAGCGGCAGAGGUCCCAGGGCCUGAGCCUGGCCAGCAGGAGCUGCUGGUCUUUGGGAGUGGGGACACCAUGGAGCUGAGCUGUGACCCACCCGGAGGUGGUCCUGUGGGUCCCACCAUCUGGGUCAAGGAUGGCUCGGGACUGGAGUCCUCGGGCCGUGUCCUGGUGGGGCCCCAGCAGCUGCAGGUGCUAAACGCCUCUCGUGAAGACACUGGGGCCUACAGUUGCCAGCAGCGGCUCACACAGCGCGUGCUGUGCCACUUCAGUGUGCGUGUGACAGAUGCUCCAUCCUCUGGAGACGAUGAAGACGGGGAGGAUGUGGCUGAGGACACAGGGGCCCCUUACUGGACUCGGCCAGAGCGGAUGGACAAGAAACUGCUGGCAGUGCCGGCUGCCAACACGGUUCGCUUCCGCUGCCCAGCUGCUGGCAACCCCACUCCUUCCAUCUCCUGGCUGAAAAAUGGCAAGGAGUUCAGAGGGGAGCAUCGCAUUGGGGGCAUCAAGCUGCGUCAUCAGCAGUGGAGCCUGGUCAUGGAGAGCGUGGUGCCCUCCGACCGCGGCAACUACACGUGUGUGGUGGAGAACAAGUUUGGCAGCAUCCGGCAGACGUACACUCUGGACGUGCUGGAGCGCUCCCCGCACCGGCCCAUCCUGCAGGCGGGGCUGCCAGCCAACCAGACAGCCGUGCUGGGCAGCGACGUGGAGUUCCACUGCAAGGUGUACAGUGACGCACAGCCCCACAUCCAGUGGCUCAAGCAUGUGGAGGUGAAUGGCAGCAAGGUGGGCCCUGACGGCACGCCCUACGUCACCGUGCUCAAGUCCUGGAUCAGUGAGAAUGUGGAGGCGGACGCGCGCCUCCGCCUGGCCAAUGUGUCGGAGAGGGACGGGGGCGAGUACCUCUGUCGAGCCACCAAUUUCAUAGGCGUGGCCGAGAAGGCCUUUUGGCUGCGUGUUCAUGGGCCCCGAGCAGCGGAGGAGGAGCUGGUGGAGGCGGACGAGGCUGGCAGCGUGUAUGCAGGCGUCCUCAGCUACGGGGUGGGCUUCUUCCUCUUCAUCCUGCUGGUGGCAGCUGUAACACUGUGCCGCCUGCGCAGCCCUCCCAAGAAGGGGCUGGGCUCCCCCACUGUGCACACGGUCUCCCGCUUCCCGCUCAAACGACAGGUGUCCUUGGAGUCCAACUCGUCCAUGAACUCCAACACACCGCUGGUCCGCAUUGCCCGGCUGUCCUCGGGAGAAGGUCCCACGCUGGCUAAUGUUUCUGAGCUUGAGUUACCUGCCGACCCCAAAUGGGAGCUGUCCCGUGCCCGACUGACCUUGGGCAAGCCUCUUGGAGAGGGCUGCUUUGGCCAGGUGGUCAUGGCAGAGGCCAUUGGCAUCGACAAGGACCGUGCUGCCAGACCCGUUACAGUGGCGGUGAAAAUGCUGAAAGACGAUGCCACUGACAAGGACCUGUCGGACCUGGUAUCGGAGAUGGAGAUGAUGAAGAUGAUUGGGAGGCACAAGAACAUCAUCAACCUGCUGGGGGCCUGCACGCAGGGCGGGCCUCUGUACGUACUGGUGGAGUACGCGGCCAAGGGCAACCUGAGGGAGUACCUUCGGGCGCGGAGGCCGCCGGGCAUGGACUACUCCUUCCACACCUGCAGGCUGCCUGAGGAACAGCUCACCUUCAAGGACCUGGUGUCAUGUGCCUACCAGGUGGCGCGGGGCAUGGAGUAUCUGGCAUCCCAGAAGUGCAUCCACAGGGACCUGGCUGCCCGCAACGUGCUGGUGACUGAGGACAACGUGAUGAAGAUAGCCGACUUUGGCCUGGCCCGUGAUGUGCACAACCUCGACUACUAUAAGAAGACCACCAACGGCCGGCUGCCGGUGAAGUGGAUGGCCCCCGAGGCCCUGUUUGAUCGGGUCUACACCCACCAGAGUGAUGUCUGGUCCUUUGGGGUCCUGCUCUGGGAGAUCUUCACCCUGGGGGGCUCGCCGUACCCCGGCAUACCCGUGGAGGAGCUCUUCAAGCUGCUGAAGGAGGGCCAUCGCAUGGACAGGCCAGCCAACUGCACACACGACCUGUACAUGAUCAUGCGUGAGUGCUGGCACGCAGUGCCCUCCCAGAGGCCUACCUUCAAACAACUAGUUGAGGACCUGGACCGCAUCCUCACUGUGACGUCCACUGAUGAGUACCUGGACCUGUCAGUGCCCUUUGAGCAGUACUCGCCAGGUGGCCAAGACACCCCCAGUUCCAGCUCCUCAGGGGACGACUCUGUGUUUACCCAUGACCUGCUGCCCCCGGCCCCACCCAGCAAUGUGGGCCCUCGGACGUGAAGGGCCCUUGGCCCUUAGGCCAAGCCCCAUCAAUGUGAGAGUGGAUCCCAGCCUACAGUGCUGCUGCUGGUGUACAGUGGACCUGGGCCCAAACCCAGGGUGGAUGGGCAGAUGGACAUAGAUAGUUCGUGUGUGUGUGUGUGUGUGUGUGUGUGUGUGUGUGUGUGUGUGUGUGUCUGGCGGCCCCCAGGUGCAGAGGUCUCCUGGGGCCUGCGCUGCUAUACAGUGAUCUCCUGACUCACCACUGCCAGGAGCACCAAGGGACCCUUGUUUUGGGGGACCAAAUAUGGAAUGUAAGAGUGCCUGGUCCUUCACCACCACCCCAUAAGAAGCACCACAGGCCAGGCUGGACCCAGUGUCCACAGUGGGCCUCAGGCCCUCCAGUGCCCAAAGCUGAGCUGCGGGGAUGCCCUCUGUGGCAAGCCUCCUGAGUGGCACCUUGUGCCUGGGGGUGAGUGGCAGCUUCCCCACCUCCAGGCCUCCCCACUUCCCACCCUGCCCCUCCAAGACUGAAAUUACGGGUAUCCGAAGGUGGGAG